AGCAAACAAAAUCAAAUUUCAAUUUCGUCACUCGCAUUAACGCAAUGGGUCCCGAAGAACGUCUCCAGCUGCUUUUUGCGCAGGAUGAAGACCUCCUGAAAUUGGACACCGGCCGCCGUCCUGCAAACGAAUUUCGGCCCGAUGAUAACAUCGAAAGCCCUCAGGCAGAGCUUACUGAGAACCCGGAAAACAGGCCGUCAGCAACAACUACCCAGCAGACAAGUCAACCCACUCAGAUUGUGUCUCUUGAACUCCCUUCUCCACCCGAGCUCCCUACCCCAGCCCCGGCAGAUGAACACGUAUUCCCCACCAACGGCCAAUUUAGCCCCCUUUUGGCUAUUGCCAAAUACCCCUACAGACAUAUGAAAGGAUCCUUGAGCCAAGAGGUUUCCAGCCGCUUCUUUGACGCGGGUAAAUUCUGGAAUCGCUCGUGGGAUAUAUUCGUGCUUCUUACUCCUACCAAUAAAGUUAAUACCUUUUUGGAAGAGAUAAAUCGUGCUCUGAAGUGUGAGUUGUCGCUGCCAACAGACAUGUCCGCUGGGCUGGUCUUGUCUUUCAAAGAUGGGUAUCCUCAGCCUGUCUACCUCGGCCGCAGCACCACGCGUGAGACUAAGGAACAGCUCGAGCUACAUAUUCCUACUCCAUCAUCGGAGCACAACCGUCCUUCUGGAGAUAUGGAUGAGGAAUACGCUGCUUUCGAGACCAUGAUGGAAGCCGCUAUCGAGGCCACUCGGAACAAAAAGAAAUCUUCCAAGCAGAAACAGUUGAUGCGUACGAUGAAAGAGCUUGAUAUGAAGCAGAUGGUUCAACGGAUGCAGUGCUACUUUGGUUUGCGUUCCAUGGAUGACAUUGAAGGGACAGCAGAUAUGGCUGACUGGGACACCCCGGGUACAGUGCCCACGGUGCAGCCGCUAGAUGCUACCAAGGCAGUACCGUAUCCAUUCUGGAGAGAGCCCGUAUUUAUCAGCAUUGACGUAGAGUCGAAUGAGCGCUGCCAUAGCCAGGUGACUGAGGUUGGAGUGUCAGUGUUGGACAUGCAGAGUCUGGUGGGAAUACCGCCGGGCGUGAACGGCGACCAGUGGCGGAGCCGUAUCCAGUCCCGGCAUCUGCGAGUGAGAGAAUACGGCCAUAUCGUGAAUCAUGAGUUCGUGUCGGGCUGUCCUGGCAUGUUUCAGUUUGGAGAGAGCGAGUGGGUGCUGCAACGAGACCUGGUGGACGUAGUGCGAUCAAGUCUGCGCUUGGAGGAUGCACUGAAUCGUCGACUCGUACUGGUUGGCCAUAACCUUUCAGCCGAUGUCAAGUAUCUCAAGCAAGUUGGGGUUGACGUGGGAGGGUUUCGUGACCAGAUCGACACAGCGCAGAUGUUUCGUAAGCUGCGGAAGGAAGAGUCGGUACGGUCGCUGGGAGCCGUGCUGGCGAAACUGGACAUAAGGGGCUGGUACUUGCACAAUGCCGGGAAUGAUGCGCGGUACACUAUGGAGGCUCUCGUCGCCAGCUUUAUGGGAGCGGGUGAGGAAAAUUCGACGUAG